AAAUUUAUUUUCUCUUCUUUCAAGGUUAAACACUUUUGAAAAAUUUCUGGCUUCGAUGUUGGAAGCAAUUGACUCUAGCUAAAGCAAAGUGGAAAGAAAGCAUGUGCAAUUAAAAUCAUGAAUUACUAUUUAUGUGUCAUCCCUUGUUAUUUAAUACUAAUUAAUAGCUACAAGUUGGUAUUACUUCUAAAUAUCUAUUAUUAGUUGCUGAGAUUUAAGUUGACUUUCAUCUAGGGGAAACAAAUGGGGUUGACAACCAAAAAAAGCUAGAGCUGUUAGAUCUCCGUUUUAAGGCAGAAGUAUAGAUAGAGAUGGCUGCUUAUGUUGCAGUGACUUCUCUAAUGGGAACAAUAGAGCUUUUGAAAUCAAACUUGGAUAUGUGGGACACUCAUGUGGAAAGUUUGAGUUUACUCUACGGAGAGUUUGAUUCUCUGCAAGAGCUUCUUGAUUAUUCUGAUGGUGAGCAAAUGAAGAAUUUGCACACAAAGGUCAAACACAUAGCAAAUGAAGCAGAAGACAUGCAAUCAAACUUGGAUCUGUGGGACACAAAUGCGAAAAGUUUGAAUUUACUCCACGAGAAGGUUGAUUGUCUGCAAGAGUUUCUUGAUCAUUCUGAUGGUGAACAAAUGGAGAAUUUGUAUGAAAAGGUCAAAUUCAUAGCAUAUGAAGCAGAAGACGAAGUUAAACCACAAAUAAAUGUGGUUAUGGACGAACUAUGGUACAGACUAUAUCAAGAGGAUAUUCUCAAGGAAGCCCUCGAGAGUCUUUUUAAGAUCUCACAGCGAGCUAUAGAAAAUGUUGAUUCCCUCAAGGAAGAGCUCAUCACGCACAUUCAGAAUAACAAUUUGCAAGCUGGAAAUUCCUCGCAUGGUGAUUCAAGUUCACUACGAUUGCAUUCUUCAACCCUUGAGAACGAUAUGGUGGGGUACAACAUUGAACAAUCAAACAUGAUGAGUCAACUUACUGGAGGCUCAACUGAACUGGAAGUCAUCUCUGUUACAGGUAUGGGCGGCAUUGGUAAGUCAACUUUUGCCAAAAGGCUGUUUUCUCAUCCCUCAGUUUUGAGCUUUUUUGACAUCCGUGGAUGGAUUAUCGUGUCUGAGGACUAUAGUUAUAGAAAGAUGCUUUUAGGCCUACUUACAGAUGCUAAUUUUGGGAAAAAAGAAGAGCUUGAUAAGAAAAGCGAUUCAGAUUUAGCCGUUUGCUUGAAACAAAGUUUAAUGGGUCGAAGGUAUUUAAUUGUUGUGGAUGACAUAUGGAGCAAGGAAGCUUGGGAUGAUAUUAGACUGUGUCUUCCAGACGAUGGUAAAAGAAGUCGGAUACUGUUGACUACUCGAGACGUUGAGGUUGCUCAAUAUGCUAGCUCUCGGAAGGAUCCUUUCAGGAUGCAUUUACUUGACUCAGAUGACAGUUGGAAUUUGUUUUACCAAAAAGCAUUUGUAGGAAAAGGUUUUCCAGUUGAAUUCGAGGAUGUUGGAAAGGAGGUUGCAAAAAACUGCAACGGAUUACCACUUAUGAUUGUUGUGGUUGCCAAGAUUCUCUCCAGCAAGAGGACAUUGGAAGAGUGGAGAAAAGUAGCUGAAAGUGUGAGCUCAUUAGCAAAAAUUGAUGCUUAUCAACAAUGCUCAGGAAUCCUGGCUUUAAGCUACAAUCAUCUUCCUUCUUAUUUGAAAGGUUGCUUUCUGUAUUUUGGAAUUUUUCCAAAAGCUAGCGAUAUUUCUGUGGAAAAGUUGAUUAGAUUAUGGGUUGUAGAGGGACUCCUAAAGGUAAAGGUAUGGAUGGUAAAAUCAUGACAUGUGUGAUUCAU